AAGAGAAGGAGCGUGGGGGUGGAGUGAGUGAGUGUGUGUGGAUGAGACGCGAGACGGAGGCCCUUGCUACGGCUGCUACUCGCGUGUUGCAUCAGGCGGAAGUCAGCUUCGGUGGUGGGACACGUGCGUUCUUGCAGAGGAUCGAAAAAAACAAGUGAAACCGCCAACGUCCAACGCAGCCCACGUACGCGGCAGCUCUAGGGCGCGGCACUUGGGCGACCAAGAAGAGCGCGCGAAGGAACGGUCCGAGAGACGUACGGCUUCCUUCCGACCGACGGCGCCGUCCCCAGACACCUCGCCGACCAUGAGCGGCGCCAUGCAGACCGUGGAGCGCUUCGCCCGCAGCCUGUCCCGCCGCAAAUCCGGCGCCAUGGACGCCGACGGCACGGAGGACUCUCAACUCUCCCGCUGCCUCACCACCCUGGACCUGGUGGUGCUCGGCGUAGGCAGCACGCUCGGCGCCGGCGUGUACGUGCUGGCCGGCGCCGUCGCCCGAGACGACGCGGGCCCGGCCAUCGUCCUCUCCUUCCUGGUGGCGGCCGUGGCGUCGGUGCUCGCCGGGCUUUGCUACGCCGAGUUUGGGGCUCGCGUGCCCAAGACGGGCUCGGCGUACCUCUACAGCUACGUCGCCGUGGGGGAGCUGUGCGCGUUCGUCACCGGGUGGACGCUCAUUCUCUCCUACGUGAUCGGAGCGUCCAGUGUCGCGCGGGCCUGGAGUGCCAACUUCGACGGGAUUCUGGGGAAUCCCAUCUCUCACUUCUUAACGGAGCACAUGUCCAUGGGGCUGCCAGGCCUUGCCAAAUACCCCGACAUCUUCGCCGCCUUCAUCAUUAUCAUAAUAACAGGCGUGCUCUGCGUUGGCGUGCGCGAGUCGGCGCUCUUCAGCAAGAUCUUCACGGCGAUCAACGUCGUCGUGCUCUGCGCCGUGAUGCUGGGCGGCGCCGUCAAGGGCAAGGCGGGGAACUGGGCCAUCGAGCAGGAGGAGCUGGACAACUUCACGUCCAGCAGCAACGCGACGGUGACCGGGACUUACGGCUCGGGGGGGUUCGCCCCGUACGGCGUGACCGGCGUCCUCACCGGCGCCGCCACCUGCUUCUACGCCUUCGUCGGCUUCGACUGCAUCGCCACCACCGGCGAGGAGGUGAAGAACCCUCAGCGGGCCAUCCCCAUCAGCAUCGUCGCCUCGCUGCUCAUCUGCUUCGUGGCCUACUUUGGCGUGUCGGCCGCCCUCACGCUCAUGAUGCCCUACUAUCUGCUGGACGAGGCCAGCCCCCUGCCCGUGGCCUUCGAGUACGUGGGCUGGGGCCCCGCCAAGUACAUGGUGGCCAUCGGGGCGCUGUGCGCGCUCACCUCGAGUUUGCUCGGAAGCAUCUUCCCCAUGCCUCGCAUCAUCUACGCCAUGGCGGAGGACGGCCUGCUGUUCCGCUGGCUGGCGCGCGUCCACAAGCGCUUCAAGACUCCCAUCCUCGCGACGAUCACUUCGGGCUCCGUGGCAGCGGUGAUGGCGUUCCUGUUUGACCUCAUCGCCCUGGUGGACCUCAUGUCUAUCGGAACGCUGCUCUCAUACUCUCUGGUGGCUGCCUGCGUGCUCAUCCUGCGUUACCAACCGGAGCCGGACUGGAAGGACUCACCGGACUUUGAAUUCGUGCCUGGGGGUGCCGGCUCGGAGGAGCAGGACAAGCCGCAGUGGGGGCCCAUGCUGCUGAUACAGCCUCGGUCGCGGCUUCCCAACAAGCAAUCGACCGUCAUCGUGAACGUGUGUGUCGGCCUCAUCGCGUUACUCUGCGUGGUCCUCACCAUGUUCAUGGUGCACGGAGCCUCGGCCCUGGCCGAGCAGGCCACCUGGGUCAUCGCCAUGGUCGUCAUCUUUGCCACCGCCCUCGUCGCGGUCACCGUCGUCGUCUGGAGGCAGCCGCAGAGUCAGACGAAGGUCUCCUUCAUGGUGCCCUUGCUGCCCGUGCUGCCCGUUGUCAGCAUCUUCGUGAACACCUACCUCAUGGUGCUGCUGGACCUCAUGACCUGGAUUCGGUUUGCAGCCUGGAUGACCAUCGGUUUUCUGAUCUACUUCUUCUACGGACUGAAGCACAGCAGCGAGGCCAAGAAGUACGCCCCUUCCGCGGGCAACGGCGGCCAGUCGCCGUUGCGGUCGAUGCAGCCGCUCAACGCGGCCAAGGCCGAUGAGGACAGCUCGGGUUGACCCCCCACCACCACCGCCGCCAAUCCCCGCUGGCGGUUCGCUCGCUCACCGGCUCGCGAGUUAGCUGGUUAUCGAGUUAGUUAGCUGGUUAGCGAGUUGGCUUGCCCCCCCCCCCCCCCAACCGAUGGCUUGCUCCCGUCGGUGCAUUCGAUAUGACCAGAGAGAUGCGGACGGGGGCUGUGCGUCGGUACCACCUCUUUCUCCCCCCCCCCGCCCGGUGCCCCUUUCACACGCUCGUGCCACUUCCACCGUCGCUGGCCUUACGAGCCGAGCGUUUUCCUAGCGCGCAAGUUUUUUGUUUCGUUAGCGUCGCGUCCUUCUGCUGUGUCCUUUGUUUGUUUGACGCACGUGUUUCAAAAGUUUACUACACUUUGUACCGCGGCGAUGCUCGCGAAGCGCGUGGAAACGACUUGCGACCCUUUCACGACGCCGUUGUCCCGUUACCGUAAUUAUUGUCUUUUUUUGGGGGGGGGACUUAGGAUGGCUCAACGCACGUGUACACCCAAUGCACGCAUUAGGACGCCUCCACUUAACCAGUCCUUGGCGACGUUGAAAGACGGUCGUCGAUAAAAAUGUCCGCACCACUUCCGUGCACAUUUCGAGAGCUGUCGGCACCUGACGACGAUGUUGAAUCUCCCGUGACAAAAAAUAACAACGGAAACCGAUUUCUUGGUUCUUUCGGUAAAGUCACGUAGAUAGAAAAUAAAAUAAAAAUAUUUUUUUUUAUAAAUUGAAAAAUAAAUGAAAAUGUAAAUUAUUUGUAUUUUAAUUUAUUUUUAAUUUGUAUUAUUUUAAUUCAUUUUUAAAUUUUAUUUUUUAUUUUCUAUCUACGUGACUUUACCGAAAAGAACCAAUAAUAUUAAUUCCUGCAGUCACGAAAGUUGAAAGUCAAAAUUUUACGGAAACCAAACGAAGAACAUUGCUGCGUCACUCUCGCCAAAGAAGCAUUUCCUUCCGGGGGGCCAGUUUGACCCGGACCCUCAAAUCGACGUCCGUCUCUCUCUCGCUUCUCAAGACUUCACAUUCCCACUUGACGCGCGUAGCCUGCCUGCCUGCGCUUCCUCGCCGCCGCAAUGAGGGGGGGCGGCGAGGGGGGGGGGGGGAUAGCCCUGAUCCCGACGAUUACAAAGGGGAUCUCUGCACCCGCGCACCGCACGAGAGAUGAUUCCGAGCUUCCGUCGCGCUCCGGAAUAGCCUGGUUCGCUCGCUCGCUCGCUCGGAAACGACCUCGGGCUGCCGGGGAGCCAUUACGCAGCCUUGACGCUCUGCGCACAGCUUCCGUGGUGCCUAGGAGAUGUUGACUACCUCGCAUGGUAUACAGGAGGGCGCUGGGUUCGAGCCCGACACCUCUGACGCCUGCGGUAUAUUUAGAGUUUGCGUGUCUCUCUCCACCGUGGCCGCGCGUAUUUUUCUCCGGGUCCUCUGUUUUUUUUUUUCCUCCCCCCCCCCCCCCCACAUUUAGAAUCGGCGUCACGCGUUUACAGUAUUUGGUGUUUCGCUGAUAUGCUUUUCCACGUGAAUAAGCCACUUUUGUUGAGUUGAUGCUUGUGGCCAGGCCGCUUCUGAAAAAAAGAGCUACAUCGCUCGGUAGUAAAAAUAAAAAAAAAUAGUUUAUUAGUUUUUGUACUCGUCAUCCUAGGAUCAUGGAGGUGUGGCGGUGGCGGGAGGGGGGGGACAAGCAGUGGCGAAGGGAAAAAAACAAAUACCUUGCAUGAAGUCUAGGGUUAGCGUGCGACGCAUCAGAGCAGAAACCGAAUAAGCGGAUGUCUCCGGCCGAACCGUUUGACUCAUCGGUGAAUGAAAACGCAGCAACCGGUAUUUUGUUCCGUUCGUCCGCUUGGCCCGUCGUCUUUUUCGUCGCCGAGAAAAAGUCCUCGCGAAUUUUUCCUUCGACGUGCACUCACGGCAUUCUAAUCCCCCUCUUGCCGAGUCCCACCAUUCCUGGGGUUGUCCUCUGCCCCCUACACAGCGAGGUGGACUCUUCAUUAUCCUCGGCCUCCACAAACGCCCACACUUUUCUCUCUCGUCACUCGGAGCGCAAGUAGUCGCGUUGUAUUUUUUCGAUUUAAAGCUUUCGUGACUGCAGGGAUUCGUAUUAUUGGUUCUUUCGGUAAAGUCGCGUAGAAGGGAAAUAAUAAAAUAAUAAAAAUAAAACCUAAUAUAAAAAAAUUCUCACGACGUUUCGGCCACAAUGCAAGCAGCCAUCCUCGGGUGAAGAUUUUUUUUAUUUCUUUUUUAUUAUAUUCUGUUUUAUUUUUAUCAUUUUAUUAUUUCCCUUCUACGUGACUUUACCGAAAGAACCAAGAAUGUAGUCGCGUUGUGCACAAACGUGCACGCGUGGAAAGGCUAAAUACGCACGCGCUUUUAGGCACCCAAAGGCAGAGAUCCCCCGUGUAGCCUCGGCAAACUGUUGGGGCAAGUAGUGUUAGCGAGCACCUGCUCGCAGACGAGGUGGAGAUGGUGACACUGGCAUUCCAAGCGACACAAAAGUGCGUGGCACCAAAUUCACAACCUACCCGCCUGUAUCUCGACAAUCGGCAGUGGGGCGUACUUUAUAUCUGCUGCAGACAAUCCAUGAUGGGGGGGGGGUUCUGGAUUGGUUCGUAGACAUCGCUGAGCUUUUGUGACGACAUUGAACGCAUUUUCUAGAAAUGCGACCUGCGCAUUAGCCAAAAAUGCGUUCCGUUCUCGAACAACGUUAAUACAAUCCUUACCCAGCGUCCGAAUAUAUUACAACUUUGCUGAAUGCUUGCUUUUUUUACAUCUACCAACUGCACACGGCGUGUGUGUUUUCUUUCAUUUUAAUCACUCGAGUGCCAUUUCACGCCGGACUUUGUGUUCGGUAUGAAUGUUAGAAAAACUAAUUAAGAAAUAUACAACUCUACCCAAGGUCGGAUCAAGGCGCGGGGGGGGGGGGGGGGGUUCAGGGGCUGCAUCUCCCUGUCAGCUGGAGGGCCUUCAGAGAUUAAGUGAAAAGUUAAUUUCACUUGAGAAUGCAGAAUUUUAUUUGUUGUUAGCCUUGUAAAAAAAUACAUUUUAUUUUUCUUUUAACUUUAGUUUUCCUUUUAAAAAUGUUACGGGGGGGGGGGGGGGGCGUCCUCACAGUAUCUAUAGCCCAGGGGCCUACAAAAUGUUAAUCCAGGCCCUGGGUCUACCACUGCUAGACUAGCCGACACGUUUGCACUUUUAGGAUAAAACCCAGGGAAAAAAAAAUUUGGGUUUCGGUUUUUUCCCAAAAGUAAGACGUCCCAAGGAAUGACGCCACUUAACCAUUUCUCAUUCUGAUGACGUACGUGCGUGUACGUCAUCGGAAUGUGUAUGUCAUGGGAAUGUGUACAUCAUCGGAAUGGAAUCGAAAGUAGAAGGCCAUGCAGGAGGGGGACGUGUGGCACAGAUUGGCGCCAGCUAUCGCAGCAUGCAGCGAUCGUGUUGCUGCCAUUCUCUGCGGUGAGUAACAAUGUCUUUAAAAAAAAAUUAACGCGUAAAAACAAAGUUUUUCACUAUAAAUCCUUUAUAUGCGUGGCGGCUAGAGUCCUCUCGUCGUCUGGCUUGAGAUGGCUGCCACCUAUGGGUCAGAUGAUUGCCUGCCACCAUUAAGCAAUUGGUAAUUAAAUAUAAUAUAUUUUUUCCUAAAAAGUGUAAAAUUUUGGAAAAAACUUUUCACGAACAUUAAUUGUCUCGCACAACGAGUCUGUGUGCAAAAUGUCAGCUCGAUUGGAUCACGGGAAGUGGGUUUAAAAACGACUGAAAGAUUUGCACGGUCGUAAGCGCGCAAGCAAGCAAGCAAGUGAACUUAAUAUAAAGGAUUUAAAAACAACGGCGAUACUACGCCUCUCCAAAUAAAAUCACGUGGACACCCGCCGCCCAUCCACCCACCCUGCAACUUGCAGCGACGUCUCGGAACGUGAAAGGGUUACACUGCAUCGGGUCAGCGAUGUUCCUGCCGCCAGGUCCGCGUCUCGCGACAAUGCGAGCGAGACACGCUUGUGGGCACGAUGGGCACGCACUUUCAUGAUCGCACGACGUAGGCAGUCCGUAACCUCCCCCCCCCCCCCUCCCAAAUAUCUUACAUUGUUCUUAAAACGUUGUCCUUAAAACGUACAAAAUCCAAAUCUAAUUUCAGGCCCUUUCUGAUUUAGAGAUACAAACAAAUGGCACAUCGGUCACGCUGGUUUUACUCGACGCUUUCUGAUCGUUUUAUUUCAAAAAGAAAUCGCGUUCGGAACCGUAGCCACACUAUCCGUGACCUUUCAAAUCUGGCGACGAUUUCCAGGGUGGGUGACAGCUCCCGGCUCUCUCUCGUGCUCUCUGGUCAUGUUCGAAGCGACAAGGGUAAAAAGUCAACUUUUUUUGUGUUGCCCCUAGGCGCUCUCACACACACACACCCACACAUCCGAUGGGCCCUACGAACCAGCGAGUUUUCACCGCAUGAGUUAAGUGAAUGGUUUCACAGUCGUCGCCACUUCUUGAAGUACCACUUCCGCUAGAGGGCAAUAAUAAAAAAAACCAAGUCGCCCUCUUCACGAACGACUCGCACUUACAAUCUUACAAUUGAGCCAUCUUAGGUAACCAAUUGUUUGAAGGAGAGAUUUGUUGUUGUUUACAUACUACGGAAAUGUGUAAGCCUGGAUGCUUUAAUUUAUUUUCCAAAUUCUGGAACUGCCUUUGGGACUCGUACAAUGUUUUUAAGUCGAAUCAUUGUCGCUGUCCCGCGGUAAUGCAGCUAUUUAAAGGCUCUGUGUAAACAUAUUUCAUCUCAUUGUACGUGAGGUUUGGUUGGCGGUGGUGCCUUGCUAAUUUUUUUUUCAAACAGUUUGGCACACUUUUGAUUUUAUUUUUACCUUGGGACGUUUGCAGCGGUGCGAUUUUAUGUUUUUUUUUGUUAGGUCCGUGCGUAGAAGUAGAAUUUCUACCCGUGUUUUUGCCUCUCGAGCCUCGUAUUACAGGGGCCACCGAGCAAAAAAAACCCUCUUCAAAGACCGCCACAGCCUUCAAACGGCACACCAGCUGUUCUUAACCUCUCAAUCGUAAACCAAAAAAAGUAUAUUCUUGGUUCUUUCGGUAAAGUCACGUAGAAGGGAAAUAAUAAAGAAUAAAAAUAUAAAACAAUAAAAUUCUCACGACGUUUCGACUGCAACACAAGCAAUCAUCAUCAGGUGUGAAAUCCACAGCAAGAAAAUAAAAAAAGUGGCGGUUUUUUCUUAAGAAAAAAAACGAAAAUUUGAAAGAACCAAAAAUAUGAAUCCCUGCAGUCACGAAAGCUUUAAAUCUAAAAAUCUAAAAAAGUAUGUUAAUAAAUAUGUAAUAAAAGGACUCGAACACUU